AUGUCCGAAAUAGCGAAUAGCGGUACGUUUCUGCAAGCAUCCUCACCUAUUGAUUCUGCUCUUUUCUUCGUUUUUGCUGCAUUCAUUCUUAACGUCAUUGUCGUCAUAAGUAAGUUAUCCCACAGAUGUUUACUUAUUCAUUUGUUUUGCUCAGUUGCAUUUUGCUAUUUCGACCCCGCUCCCCAUGAGCCGGCGCUCGUUUAUCGAACAUAUCACACUCUGCGGCGUCUGAGCCGAAGGAAUGCAGAAGCCCGAAUCCGAAUGUCGAUCAAAUCAGAGGAUAAUGAGGAAGAAAGCAACGACUCACCUGCCCAAGUGCUCUUUGUGUAG